AUAAUAACUCACUGUUCAUUCUUAUAAUAACAACAGUUUUUCCUCAACAGAGAAAAACUGUCUUUAUCUUAAGAAUUAACAAAAUAAAAACUUAAAAUAAAUGGCUCGUCAACUAUUUGUUGUAGCCCUCAUUUUUGUAGCCAUGAUCGGCAUGGUUAUCGCUCAAGUAGCCCCAUCUACAUCACCUAUAUCGUCACCGUUACUAGAAUCAGCACCAAAAGCAGCAACAUCAUCAUCAAUAGCACCAACAUCUUCUCCAACAAUUUCCCCUUUAGCUUCAUCUAUAACACCUUCAACUUCUAAUGAAGAAGAUAUUUCAGCUUCUCCAGCACAAGCUAGUGGCCCCAUUGAGCAAUACGCUUCUGGAGCCGCCCCUGUUAGUGACAGCUUUGCUCCCGGGGCCUCCCCAGCUGCCGACGAGGCUACUGGUGGUGCCUCGACUAUUCAAUUCUCACUUGUUGCUGCCACGGUCGCUGUUGUUGGCUUCUUUGCCUUCUAAUUGAGAUAGAUAUGCUUAUAGUUGAAGUCGUUAUUUUUGAGGAGUUAUCUUGAGACUUGUUUGUGUAGAAACUCAAAUUAUGUAACACUACAUGUUGUGUGCAUGUAUGAUUUAGUAUUACUGAUGAUUAGGUUAAAUUAGAUAUAUAAUGAGGAAAAAGUUGCAAUAGCCAUUUAUUAUUUUUCCACCA